AAUGAAAUCUGUGAAUAAUCAGAUCUGCAAAACAUGGAGGGCCAACUGUAAAUUAAUUAUCACAAAAUUUGCUACAGUAAUCAGACAUUAUAAAAUAAUAGUGGACAACUUAUAUAAAUUGCUCCCAACGUGCAAUGCUGCCAACGCAUCACAGUACAGCUUGAAAAAUCACAAUUGGUACAAGAGCCAGCAAGUGUCUUCCAGUCCUUUGUGUACUGUACUUUGUUGAGCGAGGUUUUGUAUUUCACUGUCAGUUUUGGCAAGGAUUCAUAUGUUUGUCCUUAAGUCAACACCAGUUCCAGCUGAACAGUUCUUGUCAUCACGUCUGCAUUCAUAGGUUCAAGACACACUGGAUGCACUGGAAGCAAAGUUGAUAUUUCAGUUGAUUGAAAUCAACAGCUCUGCACCAGGUAUUGAAGGAGAUCCAUUCCAUGUGAAAAAGCCACUGCCUUUCAUGUGACUUUUUCUAAUUUUACCAUCAUCCUUUGCUUUUUGGCAAGCAUCAUGAGGGAAAUACUUUGCUUCUGCCUGAUUUUGUCUUUCUUAUGGGAACAGAUGGUGAACGCUUAUAAAUAUAUGAGUGGUAUUUUCUUAGUGACUCAUCCAUCAAAGCAACGAGCCUCAGACUGUUCCAGGCAGCCAACCAAGAUGGACGUAAGCAUACUUGAAGAGCAAUAUGACUGUUUGAAGCAGAAGCAAAAGCAGCAGACACACAUUAUUGUAUUUAAAACAGAUAAAAAUGAGAGCAUGCCUAAGGAGUCUAUGGUCAACCCUGUUUUAAUUAACAAGAAUACAAUAAAAGCAAAAGUGUUUAAAGAACAUGCAUCCAUCAAAGAAGUUUGCCUUGAGUUGCCCCACAAUGGAAAUAUAGAAGACAGUUCACCAUGGAGGAUACAUCUAGAGCUGCACCGUCUUGAACAAGGAGAACACCAAAAAGUUCCUUGUGAUGUCAUGCAAAAUAAGAAUGAACAGAUUGGCAAUGACAGCAAGCUCCUGUCUCAGAAGAAAAGCAUGGUAUCAUGUGAAGAAUCAUUAAAAUGUAGUGAAGAAUCCAUCAAGCUACUUAGUGAGCAGAAAAAUUUAAGCCCUGCUGAAAAGAGGGACAGUUCUGAUUCAUCUUUUGCACCAGUUAAAUGGACAUAUUCACAAAUGUCAGUCUCAAAAUUGGCAUCAGCAUCCAAUAAGCUACCCUAUUACCCUUUCCCUCAGAAAAAAAACUCACAAGAUUUCUGAAACAGCAAAAAGACUUGGACUGUAUGUUUCUCAGUGAGAAUAUUUCAGUAAGGGAGGAAGCUCAUUUCACAUGGUCAAACUGCAUGUGUCUAGUGAUAUGGGUAACCAUGAUGGCAUGGGAC